UACGGUUUUACGAGUUUUUUUUUUGGUGUUUGUAAAGCUCGUUCCACUCUCCGCUUUACGGGUUGCACAUAAUAGCACAAAAAGCUCAAAUAUUUUCAGUUACAUUACUGAUAAAUGAUGCCGGGGUAUCAAAAAGCAAAACGAUCAAAGUUUGCCAAGUCUAGAGAAUGUUGAAAAAUGUCGACAACUAAAUCGUACUUGUCCUCAACAAUAUUUAUUCUCAUUAACUUUAGAGAAACACCGCCUGUCCGCUUCUACGGUAAUUUAAAUAAGAAAUAAAUUAAAUAUCAAGGUGCUUUAGUAUUUGCUAAUUUCAAAUUGUUCCAUACUAAAAGAAGGUCAACUUACACAACUCUAAAAUGGAUAAAAAAAUAUAUUAAAAUAAUGAACAUAAAACAGUCAUCGUAUAAUAAUAAAAAAAUAUUUUGCGCGAGUGCGUUCCCCAAUUUCGUAAAAAGUCGUGAGCUGGUCCAGUGACGGAUUCAACAGUUUUGCGCGCGCCUCGACCCACCCCUCAGUAGAUCUUGUGCCGUCGGACCGCACGCACGUCGCCUCCAAACACAUCUUCACCGAUGUUCUAAAUUCAAGAAAAAAGCUCGCGUCGUACGUUUAAAAAUUAAACUGUAUUGUUUUUUCAAAUCUUCUCAAGUGUCGUGUUCCAGUGUUUGCGCGUAUAAUGUGGUACAUUUUAGAUGUUGGGUAGCAGAUAUAUCAUCGCUCUGAUGAUAAAAUGAUUGAAGAAAUUAGGAUUUGAACGUGUUACUGCCAGGAGGGCGAGCGACAGUGAAUAUGAACGCGACACAUCUGCCAGGGUUCAACGACACUAACCAUGAGCUCACAUACCCGACAUCUUCAGAAUGGUUCGACGGCAGCAACUGUUCGUGGGUGGACGCGGUCUCGUGGGGCUGCAACACCACCAUCAACGGCACCAGCUCCAACUCCACCUCCAGUGACGUCACGUCGUUCGUCCUCAUGGCUGUCACGUCUGUCGUGCUUGCACUUAUCAUCCUUGCUACUAUUGUAGGUAAUGUGUUCGUGAUAGCAGCUAUUAUAAUUGAGCGGAAUCUUCAGAAUGUAGCCAACUAUCUGGUGGCGUCGCUGGCGGUCGCCGACCUCAUGGUGGCCUGCCUCGUCAUGCCCUUAGGAGCGGUGUACGAGGUCAGUCAAGGCUGGAUCCUCGGUCCUGAGCUGUGUGACAUGUGGACCUCCAGCGACGUGCUCUGCAGCUCCGCGUCUAUUCUUCACCUUGUUGCCAUAGCGACAGACAGGUAUUGGGCAGUGACAGACGUAGACUACAUCCAUAUACGCAACGAGAAGCGUAUUUUCACAAUGAUUGUCCUCGUGUGGGGGGCGGCGCUGGUCGUGUCCUUGGCCCCGCAGCUCGGCUGGAAGGACCCUGACUACCUCGCCAGAAUCACGCAACAACAGAAGUGCCUCGUUAGCCAAGAUCUUGCGUAUCAAAUCUUCGCGACCAUGUCGACGUUCUACGUACCCCUUGCUGUUAUCCUCAUUUUGUACUGGAAGAUCUUCCAAACUGCCAGGAGACGCAUCCGAAGGAGACGAGAACCUCCCCCUCCUCGGCCCACAUCGGCUGACGGCGCUCCUCCCUCCGGGCGGCCCGUACAGUCAGCGAGGGACAGACGCUUCGUCAAGAAACGAUUCCUGAACCUCAAGAAGUGCAACCAGCGGACUCGUGCGGAGACACUGGCUGCCGCGUUGUUGUUGACAGAGGGCCAGAGCACCUCCACCGUUGAUACGUUGGACGAAGAGCCGAGGACCACAGCGUUCACGAUCAACGAGAAGGCGCCUCCCUCUGUGUCCCCUGAAAAGUCUUCCUCGACUGUUACUAACGGCUCGAAGCCGGAGCGAGCCAUCGUUCCCGCCCCCACGCACAGAGAGAAGAAAGAAUCUCUCGAAGCAAAAAGGGAACGUAAAGCAGCGAAGACUCUCGCAAUCAUCACAGGAGCAUUCGUGUUCUGCUGGCUUCCAUUCUUUAUAAUGGCGUUGGUCAUGCCCAUCUGCCAAACGUGUGUUAUCAGUGAUUACUUAGCGAGUUUCUUCCUCUGGCUAGGCUACUUCAACUCGACCCUGAACCCCGUGAUAUACACUAUCUUCAGCCCCGACUUCCGCCAAGCGUUCGCGCGCAUUCUCUUCGGCACUCACCGGCGGGGCCGAAAUAAAAAGUUCUAACGAAAAUGUCACUACUAUGUAUAUAAUUGAGCCUUGUUGGCUGACGGACUAUGUUACUCAACCUAUAUUGUAUGAUAUUUCGCUUUCUGUAUGUUAUACAUACUAAGUAGAUAGUGUAAAUACGUUCAUUCGGUGAUAUAUUGUAAAUAAUAUAAAGGUAUAUUAUAGAUGAUGUUGACAAUUGUUUUUUUUACGCGUUAUAGUCUAUACAGCCGCGACGGGGUCGCUCGCGAGUCCUGGGCGACCCCCCCGCCCGCUCUUAUGUUGUUUCAAGUGACAUUACGAAAUAAAUAUUUAAAUUAUAUCAA